UGUGAUUGGCAGGUGUGAGCGGAAGCGGAAAUGCGAGCGGCGGGCGGGUGAAGAUGGCGGCCGCCAUGAGGGCGUUGCUCGCUCGGUGCCUCCGCUCCAGCCCGUCCCUGAGCCCGGGGUCAGGGCUCAACCCGUCCCGCGGCCUGAAGCACAUUGUGAGAACCCAGGAUGGAAUGAACAUCACGAUCGAAGGGAAGAAGGUGGAGGAUUCCACCGUGCCAGUUUUGCCUCCGAAUCCUCUGGGUCAAUGUCCAAUCUGCAGGUGGAAUCUGAAGCAUAAAUACAAUUACACAGACGUGCUGCUGCUCAGCCAGUUCAUCAGGCUAGACGGUGGGAUGUUACCGCGGAGAAUCACUGGGCUCUGCUUCGAAGAGCACCAAAAGGUGGAAGUGUGUGUGAAGAUGGCUCACAGAGCAGGCUUGCUGCCAGACCACAAACCCACUCUGCCAGAAGGCCAUGUUCCGAAAAAACAGAAGCCCCACUUGAACAGGUACCUCACUCGCUGGUCCAUUGACUCGGUGAAACCCAUCUGGAAGAGGGGUCUGAAGUGGCGUAAGGUGCGCAUGUCGGUAGGAGACCCUCUCCUGAAGGACAACAUGGUGUACGGAAAGAAGCCAUUGUACAUAAAGCAUUGAGGGGGCUACACUGUGACUGGCACCAGCAUCCCAUCGCCUCCGCCAUCCAGUUUUUUUUAUAUAUAAAAGCAAUAAAAACCCUUUGGACAGAGGCCACAGAUUGUGAACAAUUGCUAAUUUAUAGUAAAUGUACAGAUUACAAAUUGGAAAA